CGGCUACUCAGGCAGGUUAAGACGUAUGGAUUUUUGUCAAGAUGAGCUACACGAUCGACACGAACUUGGGACCCGGCCAAAUACCGGAAGACUUCCUCUCAGAGACUUCCGACUUCCUGUCCGCGCUGUUCGAUCGCCCCAAAAAGGUCAUCAUGGGACAAUUGCGCAGCGGACAGAGGUUUGAUUUUUCCGGUUCGGAUGCCCCUUGUGCAGUCAUGCACAUAACUCGAGGCUCCUUAAAGCCGGGCACGGUGGCAGAAGAAGCCGUCAAGUACUAUGUGGCUGCCAUAAGCGAAUAUUUCCAAAAAAACCUCGGCUUAGACAGUACUAGAGUAAUGAUAUUCUAUCACGAACACGAUUUGGCCAUGAUGGGCAACGCUGGUAAGACAUUGAAAUGCUUCUGGGACGGAAUAGGACCGUUUCCCACCACCAAAUGAACACACCUGAUAAUAAUAAUAUCAUAUUAAUAUCACUGUUGCCUUUUUCGUAUAGGUGUGUAAUUAACGUGUGUAGGUACUCGAAUAGUAAAUAAAUAAUAAAAAAAAACACAACCUUUUAUUUUUUUUUAUAUUGUACCGAUUUUUAUAUUGUAUAUUUCGUAUUCGUUCUAUUUGGUACAAAAUUACAGACGACCUAAACACAGUAAUAAUACAUAAAUGUGAUGAUUAUAUAACCGUGUAUUACUUGUGAAUUAUACAACACUGACAAAAACGAUAGAUUGUUUUUAAAUUUUAGAUAUAUUAUAAUCAAGCCCGGCUCGUUUGAAAAAAAAAAAAAAACAAGAAAUACACCUUAAAACAAAUGAGUA